UAUGAAUCAAAAUACACCCUUCAAUGAACGCUUCUUCAAGAUUUAGGAGAAAUUGAAUUCGAUUCCUCUUCAGCAUGAUACUUCUAAAGCUCACAGAAUUGAUACAAUUAAUUCUAGAGUCACAGCAGUAGAGGAGAGAAUUCAGGAUACAAUAACAUCUUAUAACAGAAAACUAGUAAUAGUCUAAUAAAGAUUAAAAGCAUACUUUGAAAGAUGAGAUAGUGAGAGUUCAGAAACAGAUUGAAGAGGAAAACAAUACUUUUGAAACAUAAUUUGAGUAAAGAGUUCGUGAGAUUGCUGCAUUUGAAAGCAGAAUCACAACCAAAUUAGAAUAGGAAAUUGCUUUAAGAAGAGAUGGAAACUUAAAAUUGCAAGGGUAUUUGGAUGAGAAAGUAAAGUGAAGAAUUUAUUAGAACCCAGGUUGUCUACUUGAAAUCCGAUAUUCAAACAGAGAGUAAAAUCAGAUAGGAAUAAAUCGAGAAUAUUACUACCUCUUUGGAAAAUGAUUUGCCCAAAUUGUAUGAUAUGGUGAAAACUGAAGGACAGGACAGGGAAGAUAGUGAUAAUGGAACAUUGAGGAGAUCUGGAGAUGAGAUCAGAAGAUUGAAUGAAGGGUUAACCAAUCAAAAGAAUUUAAGGUACAUUUGAUUUACAAACGUUUUAGAGAAGAAUCUGAGACAGCAAUCUUUGAAAUGUUGAAGGAUUUAGUUUCUAGGGUCAAGAGUGAAAUUGAGGAAGAAAGGAAACUAAGAGAAGAAUCUUAAGAAUCACUUCUGGGUUUGUUGGAAGAUGCUGCAAAUAAAAUUUAUAGAGCAGCAAAAGAUUGAUA